AUGUCUGGCCUAGACGGAGCUGGGAAGAGCAGUAUGCUUCAGGGGUUGACAGCCACAGACGGAGACAAGAGAGGGCACUGCCGUCCCACCAGGGGUUUCAACUUUAUGAGCCUCAGUGCCCCUGCCCGUCAGCUGGAUUUCCUAGAAAUUGGAGGGGCUGAGGAUUUGCGUAUGUACUGGGCAGAGUACCUGGGGAAGACGCAUGCCCUGGUGUACGUGGUUGACUCCUCUGAUAGACGACGUCUCCCACAGGCCAAGGCUGAGCUGCAUCGCCUCCUCAGACUGCACUCACAAUUUCCUGUGGUGGUCCUGGGGAACAAACAAGACAAGCCAGACGCAUUGAGUGUGUCAGAGCUCCAUGAGGCCCUGUCUCUGGAGGCGGUGGCUGACAAGAGGAGGCUGUUCCUACUGGCUGCCCAGCUAGGCUCAGAUGGCCUGAUUGUCUCCCGUAAUCUGCAGGCCUUCCAGGACUUGCUCCUACAGCUCGUCUGAUGCCCCAGGGCAGGAGUAGUGAAAAGUGGGUUGACCAGGCAUGUGGGAUGGGGAAAGUGGUCCAUUGAUGUGCCCGUGUGGUAAGGACCAGUGGCAAUUGGCCAUGACUGUGUGUGAAUACUUUUGAACUAGAGUAGAUCCUUCAGGGCCAUCUGGAAGGCAGGGAGCGAAAAUGGUUUGAUACAGUCAGGUCCAUAA